UCUGACUACAUACACCUAAAAAAUCGUUUGCGUAAUAAUUUACGUGCAAAUAAGUAUCUUAAAUUGAUAGAAAAAAAAAAAAAUGUAUUUAGUGUCGAAUUUGGUCAAAGUUACUAUUCCUAACUACUUAGCAGGACUGCCAAUUCCUGACUCGGUCGGUGGAUGGUUUCGUCUCGGAGUGAAAGAUUGGCUAGCCCUAGUCCCUCCAACGCUCGUAAUCGGUGGCAUCUCCUACUACUCGUACCAGACCAUCAAGAAAGCGCAGGCCGUUGGCAACGAGCAUGUGAACCACUGCGUGAGGAAGGACAUUGACAAGGUUGUGGACUUCAUUGAUAUUGAGGAUAUCACGGAGAAGGCUGUGCUGUGCCGGUGCUGGAAGACUAAAAAUUGGCCAUACUGUGACGGUACGCACGCCUCCCACAACAAGGAGACCGGCGACAACGUCGGCCCCGCCAUCGUCAGACACAAGGCAACCAAGUAAACUGCACGCGGACAUUUAUCUGGAAUCAAAGCCGGUUAGGUUGCCUAUACACAUAUCCUCCUAAGGCCCACGGUACUACCUGUACUACUAUAAUGACAUCUAUCUAAUUUAAACCUUUUUCAAUGGGGUUGGCAACUGUCAAAGGUUUGCAGAGCCAAGGCGCCAUCAUAGCUUGCCCCUUUUUCUAUGAGAUUUGGCUCGCAUUCAGGGCAUUAAAAAAACAAAAAUUUGAUACAAUUCUAGGGAUUGACAGGGCAAGCUAUGGUGGCGCCAUCUGCUAAACAUUUCGACCGGCCAACCCCAUUGGAACAUUGCAUUUCUUUCGUUCCGUUCGAUUUCAAAACUAAAUAAAUUUAACCAUAUGGCUUUCACUGUUGAUUUCUAAUUCAACUGGCAAUUUUUUUGUAUGGUGGGCCUUAGGUGGAUAUAGUCAGUUGCUCAAACGUUACAGGCGGUAGUUAGUGUAGUUUUAGGGCAUUAAAAUGGUACAGAUGAAGAUGCAUAAUAAUGGUCCAUUCAGUAGCAAUAUUAGCAAACGAGAUUACGCGCCAAAAGUACUUACAAUUAUCUAAUAGCUUAACAACAAAAAAAAGGCUCUAUAAGUAUAGAAUUUAGCGAAAAGGAUCCAUCCUCAAAAAAUUGUCAUUUAAAUAAAUGACUCCUAAACUUCAAACUUUAUUGACAGUUUUUUGUGAAUUGUAACAUCAUCAUCAUAUAUUUAAGAGUCUCUUGUCGGUGGAGCAAUUUCCAUGUUUCGCGGUCCUCUGCCUUCUCUUUGACAGCCUGAUACGACACGACGUUGAGCCUUUAUUUGAUGUAUGUAUGCUCUCCUUGGUCUUCCCUUGGUGAGUUGGAUGCUUUUCCCGUCCUGUGUGAAACAAUUAAAGUGUGGCAGAUGCUUUUGAACUCGAUCUGUAGAGACACAACACCUAUGAUCUCUAGUUGUAAAGAGCAGAUAUUUUUUAUUUUAAUUUUUUUUUAUUAAACUUUACACAUAGGUUAACAGUAUUACACCAAAGCACUUAUGUGGUAUCCAUAUUAAAUUAAAAUAUUAAUUAAAAAAAUUACAUAAAUCAAUAAAAAGUUAAAUAUAUCUGCUAUAAGGCAUUAAUGCUGACCGCCCAUAUCGUUAAACUUUUGGGAAAACCUGUCGAUUUUUUCUUCUUGAUGUCAAAAAAAGUAUGCAAUAAUUUUAGGCAUUUAAACUGUUAUUACGAGUAUUAUGUUAUUUGAUAAAUGCAGCGAAAUCUUUUUUGCAAAAAGAUAGCAGGUACCGUAAAAUCAGGUAACUUUAGUCCACAACUUACAUCUAUGGUCCUAAUUCAAGUUUCAGUAAAAUAUGUAUAAGUAUUUUUCAAAGGGUCUCUAUUGCUUGACAUAAUUAUUAAAGGUCAUAAUGUAAUGAUUAACAUAUUAUCAAUAGUCAUAAUUUGCUUUUUCUCAGAAACGGGUAACUUUUCAGGAUUGCCAUAAAACAAACCUAACCUAACCUAUCUAUACGAUAACCCGAGGAAAAUCCUGAAAAGUUAACGGUUUCAGAAUUAUGACUAAUAAUAAUAUGACAAUCAUUAGGUACAUCAUGACUUUCAAUAAUUAUGUCUAACAAAGGGACCCCAUUUUUCAAAUUAUGUUGAGUAAGUAUAUAUAAUAUAGAAAGAGCAUUAGUGUAUUUAAGCUCCAAAAUAAAUGUAACGAGUACAAAUCAUAAAGGCUCGUUAAGAAUCAACUUUAAAAACUGGACCAUAGUUAUACUUAAGGACUAUAGUUACCCGAGUUUACGGUACAUAACUUAAUUUUACAAAGAUAUACGAAUAAUAAGGUACAUAAGAACUUAAGUGUAACAGUGUAUCAAACAGGUAUGAUCCAGAUAUAUGUCUAUAUUAUUUAUAAGAGAGCUGUUGGACUAAUUAGAAUAAAUGGUACCUAAAUGAGCAUCUAAUCACAGCUUAGAAAUAGAUUAGAAUAUAAGUAGAAAGUGGUUUUUUCGAGCUUAUAUAUUACGACAAUAAUUUCGCGCUCCUCGCAAAAAGUCAAUAUGAGUUUAGUAAUAACUUUGGAGGAUUAAUCUUUGUAUCGGUUAACAUGUUGAUUGGACUAUUUAAAUAACUAAGCGAAAGUUGAUUUUGUCUUGCAUUUUAAGAUAAUUUUUAAGCUUUUUUUACUCUUGUUUUUGAAACUGUUCACUUUGAAAUAAAGUACGGAUUGUUAUUGCUCUUAA